AUGAAUUCCAUGACCAAUACUUCGCACCAACCUGAGAUAUUACAACUUUUCAUCAAGAAGAUUCUAGCGCAUCUCGAUGAGACGGAUCCCUCCAAACUAAAUUCGUUCUUGCAAUUAUUCAAUGGUACGAAUUGUAAGAUCAUAUUCAAUGCGACCCCGUUUGCACAACCGAUGCAAUUCUUGCAAAUGUGGCAGGAGGGAGUGGUGCAGACACAACACGCAUUGAACAGUGUUGAUUUCCAAGUGAUCCCUGGCUCCGGCACGAUGGUUGUGAAUAUAAACAGUAAAGUGCGUUUUGAUGAGAGCGGGAGGGACAAGAUGGGGCAGGACUCGUUGUUGGACAAGGGCGCACCUGCGAGCAGCGGGAGGGGCAGACCGAUCUACGGAUCUUACUUUGGAGUUUCGAUGCAGUUGGUCAUAGACGACCGGAUCUUCCGCAACGAUUUCAACGGCGUGAUAUCGUGCUUCAACUACAAUAUGGUGUACAGGCCCGAGGACUCGCUGAUGAGGGUCCAAUGA